UUGGCAGAAAGAGCCAGGAAUAUUCCCUUUGGGGUCAAUGGAAAAUGGACGCGGUGUGGUGCACUGGACGCCAUGGUUUCUGCAACUUCGGGAAAGGGAAGCAGUUACGUUCUUUCCAUAUCUUAGAGUUCAGUGCUGUGAAUUUGUUUAUUUAUUUAACGUUUAUGCAACAACGAGCGUAAUGACAUACCGAGAAAAGUAUCCCCAGGAUACCCCGCCCUAGUCCAGACUGAGGGUAUUCUUUUCAGCUAGAUCAGCUAAGCGCCUCAAUUCUCCAGCGAUCUCCUGACUGGAGGUAGCCAUUUCUGUAGUGAGCCUGGCCACCGGUGUGGGAGCAACUAAGGCAGGUAUAAAUGCUUUCGUCCUCCAUAGUUUGGAUCACACAGAGGAAGCUGCUGCUGCACCAUCCUGCUUGCCUCUCCAGCAGCCUGUGGACCUGCCGACAGGCAUGGGUCCAGUGGACAAGAAGGUUGUCGUGGAAGACAAAUUAUUCACAGAUAUUCAUAUUGAACUUUAGAACUGAGGAUUUUCUAAGAUUAAUUGAAUAUCAUACAUUUGAAUCCUCAGUUAUUUUUUGACAGUGGAGGAUUUAAAGCUGUAGACACACAUGGAAUAAAAUCUUCAGAAACCGUUCACUAAUAAGGACAUAACAGUAACAGUUGGAAGAACCAGUUUGACUGAAGACUGAAUCGCAUAGGGUACAUCAAAAGUGACUAAAAACAGAAUGGAGUCCUUAAGGAAAUCUCAAGAACAGGUACAACAGAGUCUAAAUGAGCUUGAAAGCUUAUAUAAAGAGGGCAAAGAUCGAAAUGAUGCAGUGGUGAAAGGCUUUGAAGAGAAGAUUCGUGUGGCUCUCGAUGUCCCAAAGGAAAGCUGGGCUCCUCCUGGUCAAUCUCUGAAGGAUCUAAUACAACAUUUGCAUGGACAGCUGGAAAUUUUGCAGAGUGCCUCACUCUCUCCUGAGACGAUUUCAGAUGUGCAGGUCUUGAAAAAUGCAUCUGGUGGUCUGGCGUUAGAAGGUUUUUACAGAACCCAAAAUCUGGAGGACUUGUUGGCAAAAAGAGAGCAGCUCAUUGAGGUCCCCCUGUCAUUUUCACUCAUUGGCCCAAAACAAAGUGCCAUGUAUGAGCAGAAAGAAUUUUCAUCCCACAGAUCUCAAACAGUUCAUCAGAAAGUCAUGGAGAAGCUGGGCUUCAGUUUCAGCAGCUCAUUGAAUGUUGGAUUAUGGGGCUUUGGCAUUAGAAAUACAACCGAAAGAAAUGAAUCAAGUGAGACAGAAGAAACAAGAACUCAGUCAUGUGAACAGUCUUCCAUCUUCAGCACAAAAUACAACUACAUUCCACUGGCAUCCUGUUUUAUUGAAAAGGAUAAACUGAAGCUUUCACAAGGAGCAAUUAAGGCCCUUCAAGAAAUUGAAACUAUCCUUUCACAUUCUGGUGAGAACAUGGCACUAAGGAACAGAGUCAGCAGUUUUUAUGAGAGAUUUGGCUCCCAUGCAAACCAGGGCCCGAUACACUUUGGGGGAGUUUUCUGGUGGACUGCUUCUGCAGAAGGCUUUAGAAGUGAUGAACUGUCAGAGAUGAAGAAGCUGACAUCUAAAGCUCUGAACAUUCACGUCGGAGCGGGAUACACUAGACCUAUUGUCAGUGUCUCUGCUGGAUUGAGCAUCUCUUCCUCAGAGGUGAAAGGAUCUUCUACUGGAAGACACAGUGAAACCUUGAUGAGUAAAGUGCAGCUGUCAGUCAGUAAAACUGGUGGUCCGGCUGAGACUGAUAAUCACUUGCAGUGGAAGUCUCAUCUUGUCACUAGUAACAGAACCUGGAGCGUUGUUGACAGAGGAACAACUUUAAUUCCUGUCUGGGAAAUCAUCAUGUCUGCUCACAAAAAUGAUUUCCAAGAUGCUCUCAGUUUAGGCACCAAAUUAAAGAAUGUUUAUGAAGAUAUCACUAAGUUAAAUGAGGACGAACUGUGGGGAGAAGAUGUCCUUAUGGAAAUAGAAAGAGCAAAAGCACUGAUUCAGUCAGUACAGAAUUGGACUGCCUCAGACUGUGAAUCCCAAUUAACAGAAUUAUUGGAAUUCAAAACCAGGCUAUAUGAGACAACAGGAUCCUACAACAUCUGGAUUCAAACCUGUCUCUCAAGUCCAGAGCUUCAAGAUUAUUUGAUGGAAGUGGUUAGAGAAAACAAUCAUUCCACGGCUGGAUAUUUGAGAAUUUUGAUGCGCUGUUUGUUGGACCCUGGUCUGUACACAGUUAAAAACUUCAGGCAUAGAGCAGAAAUCAUGAAGUGGGUGUACCUAUCUGAGGAAGACACGUACAAAGACAUUUCUGUGUCAGAAUUCUCAGAGCUAGCCAACAUCCUGCAGCAUGCUAAAGAAGAACUAGAAGACAGAUAUGCCUUCAGGUCUGCUGAACUGGGACAUAGUUCCAAAGUAAGAGCUACAUGUACUAUAACCCAUUCACUGAACUCAUUGUGUCAGACCCUGAGGAAGAACAAUCAGCAAGAAGCUGAACUGCUAAUAUAUUCCAUAAUCAAUGCCUUAGGAUACAGCAGGAAUAGUAAGACAUUUAAUCAUGUUCUGGGUUUUGAAGAAAUUAGCUUUUUACAGAAUAAACUCCAAAAUGCUUACAGCACAUACUCCUCACUGAGAGAAGCGUGCGCUUCCAGGGCUCAGGCCUUCUUGUUGAUCACAGCUUUGACUACGUCCAUUGAUGAAGAUAAAGAGGUCUCCCCCAAGGAAAAAGGUGAAAGAUUGCAGUUCAUAAAGUCAGAAUUAAAGGACAGCCUUUUGGAUACUGUUGAAUUAGCAAUUGAAAACAGCCAUCAAGACUGGGAAAUGCUUGAGGGACAACUGAAUUCUAUUGUGACGUGCUCCCAGAUGGAUGACAAAAAUGCAGAGUCAAAUAAAACGGACGUAGAACUGGACAGCUUAUUAGCAAAGCAUGUGCCAUCUUUAUCUGAGAUUCAACACACUAAUGAACAGAAUAUACCAGUGGAUGAAAGUAAGGGUGAGAAAACUGGCAGCUUUAUGAAUUUGCUCCAAAAGCUGGGUCUAAGUAAGUGCUAUCCCCAGAAGCUGACAAAAGCAGAUGUUCUGGUCAUAGACAGACUAUCUCUGAAUGUGAAUCAACCAAAAGAAGAGAACGAACUGAACUCUCAUUACCUCUACAAACUGAUGAUGUUAGACUAUAGAGCUAGAUAUCUGUUUAUAAAACCUGAGGCAACUAUCAUGGCUGCCGAGAAUGAUGAAGCAACUGUUGAUGAAAAUGAUGAUUUUUUUACCUUUGAUGAGACAUCCAUCCCGGAGGUGAGCAGCAAACAGGCACACAUUCAUCCAAUGGAUGUUCACAUGGCCAUUUUCCACUGUGCCAAUGACUUUUUGCGACAGUACCUUUUUUCAAAACUCUCCACCUGUCAGUUUGGUCUACCUUUCUUAGUGCCAAGCCCCUGCACAGGGGAGGUGGAAUUCCCCCUCUGGGCACUUCGACACAUCAGUAAAUCAUGGCAAAGCAAAAAACAUGGUACAUCUGACAGUUCUGGAAAGUGCAAUAUAAAGCAAAUGUUCAAUACACCAGUGCCAAUUGUUUCCUUCAUUAGAUUAGGAGCGUCUUCCAACUCCAAGGCCCAGAUAUUGAAUGGUGUCAUUAGCAAACAGAGGCACCAUGUGUUUUACCACCGUCAUUGCAAAGGCAGCACUCCAGACAGCCUGCUCAUGAAUGGAGUUGUGGAGAUUGCAUGGUACUGUCCAGGAGGAAAGGAAGAUGACAUUUUUGAUGACUGUGUGGCUUUUCUGAACCUUCAUGGUGAUGCAGCAGAACAACCAAAACAACUUGAAUUUCUGCAGGCAGUAAGCACUGUCAUUGUGCUUCUACUUUCGGAACAUCCUUUGGGUGACGGGGCUAAAGUAAUUUCCCAGAAACUCUCCAAGUCUCCUGUCCCUUUGAUUUGCCUUUUCUCAGGACAGGAGAAAGUUCAGCCUUCUAAAAAUCUAACAAAAGUGAGACUUGCUGCGAAGAACAGAAACGAAGCUGAGCUCACUGAUGAGCUGAUUUCAAGCAUCAAACAGUGCAUUGGUGCAUAUGAAAAGACCGGAAGCCUUGAAACAUGUUCUGAAGUUGCAAGAAAACAACAGUUCAGAGUAGAUGAAGAUAAGCAAUCAUGUCAAGAUGGACGUGAACAGGCCCAGACGUUAAGGUGCCUAUUGAGUGAGGGACACUUACCAACUCUCAAGGAGAGGCUUUUGCCUUUGCAAGGUGAAUUGUGGCAUGCCUGGUGCAGGAAAAACAAAGAACAGUAUCGCUUACAGUGCAAAGCACAGACAAGCAUUGAACAGCAGCUGAGUACAAUCUCAGCUGAGAUGGACAAAAUCCGACAGAGACAGCUGAACACAGCCACUCCUCUUAAUGACUUCCUGAGAUCAUUUUUAGACUGCCUGACAUCACCUGUUCAUUCCCAUGAUACAACUCUGUACAUGCUACAGUGGCUAAGAAUUCUCCUUGAUGACCUCACCGCUGGUGUGAUUGCAGGGCUGGAGGGGGAGUAUCACUCAACAUGGACACAAAUGAGGCGCAUUCCCAAAGACAAAGCAAAAUCAGUGGACACAGAGAAACUGCGAACAAAACUUAAUGAUAUAUCUGACAAAAUGGCUGCUAGUACAAUUGGUCUUCAGCAUCUUAUGAGAGAGGUUGGGCAGCUCUAUGAAGCAAUUGCUGCACCUAAAAAUAUCACACAAAAUGACAAUAAUCUUCCUGCAAUUGGUGUGGAAAUGCUGGUAUCUGGGUAUCCACUUGAACUAAUGGAUGGAGAUGCUGCCCAUGUGCCUUUAGAUUGGAUUAAAGCUGUUCUGGAUGAACUCAUUAGAAAACUUGGAGACAAAAAGGUGUUUGUGCUGUCCAUUCUAGGGAUUCAAAGCUCUGGGAAAUCCACAAUGCUGAACACCAUGUUUGGCCUUCAGUUUACUGUGAGUGCAGGGAGGUGUACACGUGGUGCCUUCAUGCAGCUAUUAAAGGUGGACCCCAGCAUUGUGAAUGAGCUUGGAUAUGACUUUGUCCUCAUUGUGGACACAGAGGGACUUCGAUCACCAGAGAUCAGUAACAGUUCAUCACUGAGCCAUGACAAUGAGCUGGCCACUUUCAUCAUUGGAAUCGGCGACAUAACCGUCAUCAACAUAAUGGGAGAGAACCCGUCCGAGAUGCAUGAGAUCCUUCAGAUUUGUGUCCAGGCUUUCUUGAGAAUGAAGAAAGUUAAAAUCGCACCAAGUUGCAUUUUUGUGCACCAGAAUGUUGCAGAAGCAUCGGCUGGAGACAAAAACAUGGAGGGGAAGAGACGUCUCCUGGAGAAACUGGAUGACAUGGCUCGAAUAGCAGCACAGGAAGAGAAUGUCGAUGGCAUUAACAGCUUCAGUGAUGUAAUACAGUUUGACUUGGAAACCCAGGUGUUCUACUUCAAAAAUCUUCUUGAGGGAGACCCACCCAUGGCUCCUCCAAACCCCUCAUACAGCCAGAAUGUUCAGGGGCUGAAGACAAAGCUGCUGACAAUUGCAGAGUGGCAGAAGGACUUCCAGUUUUCCUCAUUUUCAAAAUUCAAAUCGCGAGUCAGUGAUCUUUGGAAUGCUCUUUUACAGGAAAACUUUGUUUUCAGCUUCAGAAACACAAUAGAAGUGAUGGUGUACAGUGCUCUGGAGGAGAAGUAUGCCGCAUGGUCAUGGAGACUUAGAAAGCAUGCGCUGGAGAUGCAGAGCAAAUUGCACAAUCAAAUUGGCAGCAACAUAAUUCAGGAUGUGAAUGGAGCAGAUCUGACAGAGAAAUUUGACCAAGUGUACAAUCCACUGAAAAGUGAGAUUGAGAAGUAUUUCAAAGAAGACAAAAACAAAGAGACCCUCAUAAAGUGGAGGGCAAGCGUUGACAAACGCUUUGAAAGCCUGAAGCAUGAUCUCAUUGAAGGGACUCUAAAGAAAUGCAAAGAAUUAAUUACCUCCAAGAAAAACAGAUCAGAACUGGACCACAAAAAAAUUGAGUAUGAGAAUGAAUUGGUGGUAAAGAGUAAAGCCCUGGCAUCCACACUAAAGGGUCAGCGUCUCACUGAUAAGCAAGUGGAGGACAAGUUUGAUACACUCUGGGUUGAAUGGAUAGCUGAUGUGGCCAAAGCGCAGCCACCCGAGGAGCACAUUAAUGUCAAAGCCGUAGUAGAGACAGUCCUCCGAGAACACUUCAAAAAACAGCCGAACAUUAUUGAGAAAAUAAAAGGUGAACGUGGAAAGUUUGAAUUUAACAAGAAAAAACAUAUAUCCCAGAGCACAUGGGAGUGGCUCAAAUCAUUAGGAAGGGGCAGUGUGGGGCAUGAUGCUGAUACACUCAAACAACAAGUGAAUCAGACAGUCAAUGCAUACAUCAUGACAAAAGAGGACGAAAACAAGGACUUUGAUGAGAACUUGAUGUAUGAAAUAUUAUCAUGUAUUGGAAAAAAUGUUGAUGAAUUUCAGAAUUCCACAGGUGAUCUGAAGUUCACAAAUGAAUUCAAGCUGGACUUGUCUAUCCAUCUUUGUAUCAAAUCUAUUUGGAGAUUUGAGAAAAUUCAUAAAGCCUUCAGGACUGCAAACAAUCCACUGACAUAUCUGCAAAGCCAAAGAGACAAGUAUCUCCAGACUUUCAAAAACUAUUGCAAAGGAGCAAGUUCUGUGACAAUAUUUGUUGAUUAUCUGUGUAAACACAUCAAACCAGAAGUCCUGAAAUCGGGCACUGUUAGAACCGGUCGGAGAAUUGCAAAUGAAUUGAAAUCCAACAACCCAGCUUUCAACAGCAACAGAUCAAAUCUUGAAAAUCACAUACUGAAACAACUGGUAACUAAGAAGAACUUCAGCUUGUAUGAGGAAUACAUUGACCAUCCAAAGAGUUACUUUCAAAGAUUUAUCCAUGAACAGGUGGAUACAUUUUGUGGAGAUUCAGUACAGCUGGGCAAAAUUCAAGAGGAAAUUCUGGAAACCUUAAAAAAUGAGAUUUUACUGGCAAGCACAGCAGUUACUGAGGAAGUGGAUGAACGAAAAGGCAACGCAUCCAUGUGGCUUGACCAGUUCUGUCAAACCGUUGGAGAACACAUAGUAAUAAAUAGAGAAGAACUAAAAAGCAUUGAAGAUGAAGAAAUUAAAGACCUACAGUUUCUCAAAAACAGGAUGGCCGUAUCUCUGGAAGACAUGGUGAAGAACGAAAAGAGAAUUGAUUCAGUGGCCUUGAAACAGAAGGCCACAGAAAUUCUGUGUGAGCAGCUUCAGGGGUGUUGGGCCCAAUGUCCUUUCUGCAAAGCCAUCUGCACAAACACCAUCCCUAACCAUGGUGGAGAGCACAGUGUGAUGUUUCAUCGGUCCAAAGCCUUGGGUCGUGUUCACUAUGUGGACAUAGACAAUUUUGCCAUUGAUUUCUGCACCACUUCAGUGAGCAGUGAUUCAAGUUUCAGAGGUCAUGGAAUGAGUAAUUGGGUCCCCUACAAGACCUACAGAGAUGCUGGAGAUCCUUACAAUACAUGGAACAUCACUGCUGAUGGUAGUACUCAGCACUACUGGAAAUGGUUCAUCUGCAAGUUUCAGACACAGUGGGAGGGAAAAUGCGGAUACAGAUUUGCUGGUGAUGGUAAAAUCCCUGAGGAAUGGAAAAAAAUCACAGAAGACUCUGUGUUGAAAGAGUUAAAGUGAAUGUUUCCCUGAGUUUGAAGGAAAAUUGUACAACGAGCA